AUGAUAUACUGCCGUAAACUGGUAUAUAAAAGACUACUAACUUUAACCUUGGUAGUCAGAUUGAAUAGGAAGCUCAGAGAGAAAGCAGGUUUCAAAUACAACUUACUUGUUACCAAGGUAACCACAGUAACCGCAAAUACUAAAUUCAAAGACUGGUCAAGAAGGACACAAUUGUACAUUUAUGAACCUAUACAACAAUAUGUAAUUCAACUGGGUUGCAUACAGUAUUUAGUUUGGACAUACCAUAGAGAGAUCUCAAAGGAUCCUGAAGACACAGGACUUUACUAGGAGAAAGGCAAAUUAUUUCACAUUUGAAAAUUACAGGCGUGAACUGGUUGAGUUGUCACUUCAUUAACCUCUUGAUGAAAUCCAACAUUUGAGAAACUGCGUAUCAAAGUAAGAAUACGCUGAGACAACUAAAUAGAAGACACGAAGCCAACAUGGACAUCAUAGAUUACAACACAUCUAGUAACAAUGAGGUAGAGAUAAGUAGUAAUGACCAACUCUACGACGAUUAUUAUGAUUUUGACAUCAGAGCACAGACAAUUCUGGGGAAGCCAGAUAAAAUAGUUGUGAUGACUUUGGGUGGGAUUACAGUUAUCGCUAAUUUUAUAUCACUGUUGGCGAUACGUAAGAUCAAAGGAGAAAUGACACCGCACAGGAUGUUGAUGGUGAGUCUGGCAUUGUCAGACAUCCUGGUUAGUAUCAGUAUAAUGGUGCACCUGGUGAACUCUGUUGUUAAUCCAGGUCCAAAAUUUCCGGAUGAACUCACAAGGAGAUUGCAUCAUUCAUGUGGACGUGCAUUUGUCGAUGCUUUAAUUACAACGGCGCAUAUCAUUUCCCUUCUAAACCUACUUGGAAUGGCUAUUGAUCACUAUAUUGCAAUCAUAUGGGCAAUACAUUAUGAACAACUUCUCGAUAAAAAUCGCUGUAAAAUCAUGAUUAUCAUACUUUGGGUGAUCUCUGUCAUUUGUGGACUUUCGGAUUUCUACCCAGGGGAAACUUUCUAUGGAUCGAGCAAUUUAGAGAACACCACUGUAGGAUAUUAUGGCCUGAACUUAUUCGAUGAGUCUACCAAUACAAGCGCAAUACAUUUCUUAAACUACUGCGAGUUGGCCUCUUUUACAGAAUAUAAAGCAAAAUAUCUCAUCUUUGCAAUUGCGUUUCUAUCCAUUGUUGGUAUGGUUCUAAUAUACACGAAUAUAUUCCUUGUUGUACGGCGCCAAACUCGAUUCAUGCAAAGACAAAUGGGCGUGGCCCCAGACAGUAAGAAAGCUGUCAUCACUACACUUUUAAUCGUGGGGACAUUUAUGCUCUGCGUCAUGCCAAUGACCAUAUUCCAGUUCGUCAUGAUGAUCUUAGGUAUUCUAAAACACCCAUGGACCAAAACUGAAUUUCAAACAUUGAUGAACAUACAGAAUUAUUCCUACAUUUUCCUUGUUUUAAACUCACUCUUAGAUCCCUUCAUCUAUGCAGCGAGAAUGCGAGAUGUGAGGAGAGGGUAUGUUAGACUGUUUCAUCCAUGUUGUAAACAACCUAACAACAAUCCAAAUAGUUACUUUGUCAUGUCAACAUCGAAUGCGACACACCUUACCAGUCUUGGCAACAAUGACAGAUCAGUUGUUACAGCAUGUUAAACUUCAGUGCAAUAGUUGUUACAGCAUGUUAAACUCUAGUGCAACUGUUGUUACAGUGUGUUAAACUCUAGUGCAACUGUUGUUACAGUGUGUUAAACUCUAGUGCAACUGUUGUUAGAGUGUGUUAAACUGAAGU